AUGGAUCCGCUCUCAAUCACCACAUCCGCGAUUACGUUGAUCCAGGCUGCUGGCUCCUGCCGCGGAGCCGAGACCCGUAUCACAGGCCUAUGCGAUGAGCUUGAAAGCCUGACCUCGGGUCUCGAGGCCAUAGACCGCACGCUCAAGGGGCGCAAUGCGCUUGACCUAGCGCUGGUGGAAGACGACCUAUGGAAGCAAUGCGAGCUUGCACUGGACGACUGCCACGUCACGUUGAACUCGCUAGGGGUGCUUGUGCAGAAGAUCAGGGAGACCGUGCGGUCCAAAGCAUGGGCCUGGAGGGUGAGGGCCGUGGUGAACCUGAAUGUGUACGGCGGCGACCUUGCGGCCUUCAGAGACAAAGUGCACAAAUCGAAUUGGGCGCUCCAGACCAUGCUCCAGACGAUCAACGUAACACUGUCGCUGAGGAACCACGCUUCGCAGGAGGCGAUCCUGUUCGAGCUCGACCGCCUCAAGUCAUCCAUCGAGGAAGCUCUGAGGGCAUCCAUCCGCCCCGUAGGAGGCUUCGCUCACCGGCCCGCUGACCACUCGGACGCGCGCGUGGCCCGGAACCUCAGGAACCUGGCCCAGGCGGCAAGGCACUUCCACAGCGCCGCAAGCACGACGGCCAGCACAAUUCGCGAUGGCUCUCGUGGUGGGGCACCGUGGCAGGCCUACCCGGGGGCGGAUGUCGAUGUGAGCCUCAUGGGCGAUCUUCCCUCUUUCAGAAGGGAGCGGGUGGAAGAAUACGUCCGUGAGGGGCGCCGCCAUCGCAGGUCACUAUCGUCAGGGCUGACGAGUCCGAGCUUCUCUCCCUCCGGCGAGCAAACAUCUCGGCUGCGAAGAGGAUCCCGGUCACCUCGCCGCCCGACAGCCAUACAUAGUCCUCGGCCGCUAUCCUUCUCUAGGACAACAGAAAACGUCAUUGUACCGGAAUCAGUGACUGCAGCCACUGCUGAGGACGAUGAAGACGACGACGACGAGUUCGAACGACUCUUUCUCGAUGGUCUGGAGGAGCUUGCAAAAGAUCGCAUUAAGGAACGUGAUUUCGAUAAGGCAAUCGAGUUCCUACAGGAGGCUAUGAAGCGCGAGGUCGGUAGCAGGUCCGACAACGAGGGCUUCCGCAACAUGCAGGUGCAGCUCGCACUGUGCUAUCUUCUCCAGCGUCGUUGGGAGAUGGCAGAGCCUAUUAUCACUGGCCUGGCGAAGAACAAGGCAGCCACUGAUGCUGUUACCUGCAACUUACUUCACUCCAUGGCCCUGGUCCACCUGUCACUGUACCUUUUCGACAAAGCCCUGACCGUAUGCCGGGAGGCACUGCUGGCCAAGAAGAAGCUGCUCAAGAAGGAAAAGAUUGACGUCGAGGACUAUGCACAGACACAGGGACUGCUCGUAAUGAUAUACGAGAUGAAGGGCGACUGGAUGCGGGCCGAGGUCUACCAGUCACAGCUACCGGCCAGCUUCGUCUACACGCACCCUAGGAACGAGGUAGAGUUCAUCAGUGCUCAUCCAAGUCUCUUGGCCACCGUCCUCGGCGACAACCUCCCUGACUUUUCUGUUCCUGUGCCAAGAGUUACACCGGGCCUGCACGAACUGGAUGGAUCUGGACCUGAUACUUGCCCCCCGUCCCAGCCUGCGCCAGCCCUCAAGAGGAAUCACACUUACAACGGUGCUUCGCCGCUGAAAGUCAAGUUUACGCAGCAGUUGAAAUAUGAAAACGACACAAGCAAAAUAGCUUAUACGCCAGAAUCUGCAUCGACAGAGGAUGCCUGUCCCCAGUCCAGCCUCGAUUUGAGCACCAGUGAGGAUGCAGAUGAUGAAGCUUCCCCGACGACAUCACCGGAGCCAGAGUCCCCAAUCAGGCGGCGACUCUCCCGCAUGUUCGGCGGGAGAAGAGACCAGCCACUGCAGCCUGCUAAGGUGUCAGCGCCACCACUGGACGAGUGUGCUGACGUUCCCGCCCGUGUGCUGACCAGACCCGCUCCAAAACCUGGCUGGGUUAACGUGAUGCUUCGAUUUAAGAAGCCCAGAAAAUUGCUGCGAAAGGCGUCUCACGACGAUGAGUCCUCAGACGAUACACCGGGGGAUCUGGGCAAGCCGAAAGAAUUCAAGCUGCUGUAUAUGGAGCGCAUGACGCACGAGAACGUCGAUCAAGUGAAUGAUCCCAACUAUCGGCGCCAGUAUUGGUCACCGGAAAGCUUCGAGCACUGCAAUGCCAGCACUCAGGAGAUAGAUACAGGCAGUGUUGGUGGCUCAGAUCACGGGGCGAGAAGACGCUCGGGGGCACUGCCCGAAUACGACGCCGAGUAUGAGAACUUGGCGUUCAAGAAUGGUGUUCCAUAUGCCGAUAUGGAAGGAGUUAGACGUCCUCGUCUGCAACUGGAAGAUGUGCAGGAGGGGGAAGAGAACGAAGGUGAAGGCGAGCACGACACAGUGCCCGAGACGACAGAACCGCAACCUAUAGCAGAAUUGUCAGCCGAAAGUGUUGAACACCUCGAGGCGCCGAGUCUCUGGGACCCAUAUCUUUGCCGCACCAACAUUGAUGUCGAAGGAUAUUGGAACACUGCCAUGCGCGCCAGACCAAGUGGAGUCAGGCGUGAAAGUCUCAUCCCGGCAGGAAUGGACUUCGGUGAAAACGAAGCCCUGGUGUUAUUGAUGCUGGAACAGCAGCCCAGCGCUCUCACAGGCCUCGAGACGAUUCCUGCAGACACAAACGCCUCCGAUGAGCACGAAACAGGCAGGAAACGAUCCAAUGCGGCUCGCACAGCCAUCCAACCCGGGGACCCGCUCCUGCAGUCAAUCUCCUCCGUACUAGCCUCACUCGCGCAAAUCCCUGACGCCGAGGGCCGCCAUGCCAUGAAGCUCGAUCUCGAGAUCAUGGCACUGGAGUUCAAGAAGCGCUUCCACGACGGACUGGUGUACCAGGACCUACAGAGAGCCAUCGACUCUCUCGAGAACGAUGCCAUCACCGUUCCUCGGCACGAGGCUGAUGAUUCUGGGUACGAGUCUAUGGAAAGCGAAAAGAAGGGGGAGGGGCAGGAGGACAAGGCAAGGCCGGUCGCAAAAAGGACCGUGGUUUCCAAGAUCAGGUCGCCUUCGGCAGACCACACUUCGCAUAAAAGCACCAACAGUCCCGGAAUGCAGGCCACCUGCAACGCGCCCCUCCCAUCGCCACGUAACGAGCAGUCACAUCAGACGCAGCAGCCUCAAGAAGAUCGGCCACCACUGAGAAAGAGAUUCUCAUUUGACGAUGAGGCAGACGAAGUGGUAGAUCCCAGCCACGCAGUCGCAGCGCUACGGGCUCUUGUCGAGUCGGGGGAGACCGAUGUUAUCAAGUCCGCGAUCGAACCAAGCGUUCAUACCCGGGCCGGCUUUCGGAGGGCCCUGAAGAGGGGAUGCUUAUUGGAUGGAUCAGGCGUGAAGACUGAGACAGUGGGAAGUCCUCGUGCCACGUCUGCGAGUUAG